AUGCGAUGCCUACAAUUGUGUAAGCUCAUCGGCAACCUUCCGACUGUGCAGCAACGUCUGUUGCCGCCAGAGCGUCGCUGGAAGCGGAUUCAUCGCCGAACGACGCACAUACAGCUGCUUUCAACAGCCAUCGGAAGGCCGCAGAGAUCGCGGCAUAUCGCCACAGAGGUGCAAAAACAGUCGCUCAAUGACUUCGGAUUGGACAACGACACGGACACAUUUCUACCUGGCAUAACAGUUGACCCCUUUUUCAAGGAGCUGAAUCUGCCGAAGCGCUGUAUAGGAUGCGGUGCCCUGUUCCAGUCAGCCGACGCAAGCAAACCUGGCUAUGUAGAUGCCGGUAUACUUUCAGACUUCGGAGCGAGAGGAGCCGCUAAGGUUCCUAGAGUGGGAGGUGUCGAGGUAGAACGCGUUCCGGACGGAGUCCAAGUAGACAAGUGCGAUGACGGCCGAUUCCAGCGGCUCAAACGGAGAGCAGUAUGUCGGCGGUGCUACAGGCUACAGAGGGUGGAUCUGCAGUGUGAGGUGGACAGCCACAGACAGAGCGCUGCGGGUGUCUCCGAUUCUAGAAUGUCGACGGAACGGAUAGUAACUGCGACCCCUAGCAAUGCUGGUGGUGUGCUGCAGAUGCCUGAGGAGGCCGAAAGGCGCCGCACGUCGGCAAGCGCACGCAUCACGACGGCGCCGGAAGUCAUCAGCAACAUGACACGCCGCCUUAAGAGCGAUGGGGUCGUGUUGUACCUCGUAGAUAUAACUAAUGUGGAGGCAACGGCGCUCCCGGAACUAUAUAUCGCAAUUAGGAAUAAGGCGAUGGAGGUGAUAUGGAUCGCAAACAAAGUUGACGUGCUUCCGCACCGCACAGACCUACCAGAGGUUAAACGAUGGCUGCGCUCGAUGGUACGGCACAUUGGAAAUGCGAAGAACUCAGACGUCUUCAUGGUUUCAAGCACCAAAGGCACCGGGUUUGAUGCGCUUGAGAGGCGCCUCAAGGAGUUCAUCAAAGUGGGUGACGCACGACCAAUCUAUAUAGUCGGGGCGGUCAACGUGGGGAAGUCUACCUUCGUUAACCGCUUCCUAAGUUACAUCAGCUACGGAGAUGCUGGAACUCUGCAGAUGAAGCGUGGAAUUGGAGGUGCGACCAGGUCUGUCAUACCAGGAACCACCCUAGAGUUCAUCGAGUUCGGACUGUUUGGCGGAUUCAAACUUAUUGACACUCCCGGCAUACCUGUAGCUGCCACGGUCACGCAGUUGUUGCGUAGGCCCGUUGACAUGGUAGCCGUCGCGCUAAACAAGACGAUGGACACACCGACGGUACGCCUUGACGCUGGGCAGUCCCUACUGGUGGGCGCUAUGGCCCGCAUAGAUUUGGUAGAAGGCAGUGCUGCCAGUGUGCGAUGCUACAUUGGUUCAGGGGUUACUUUGCACGUUUGCAGGUCCGUGGCGGCGGCUGAUGUCAUGAGGAACAAAGCCGGUAACGCCAUUUUCCCGCCGCACACAAAAGACGAUUACGAACUAUUGGGGCCUAUGAAGAAGUAUAGGUUGACGGUUAACUGCAAUGGCGCAAUCCCCGUCGACGACAUCGUGAUACCGGGACUCGGAUGGUUAUCUCCAACCGGAGUAGGACCAAAAGUUAUAGAAAUAUAUGCGCCAAAAGGUCUGGAUGUGCUGAGAAGGCCCGCCAUGAUUAGACAGCAACCCAAACGUGUGCAAAAGCCUUAUGUUUUGCGCCGGAGGGGUAAACUCAAGAAACUCAUGAAGAUGCGGCGGGAGAUUGUUGAAAAGAACGUUCACAGGAGCACAUGA